AUGUCUGGUGCUGCAUUAGGCGUCCUCAUUCUUGAUGGAGAUAUAGUUAUGGCCGACUCUGAUGAGGAUGAUGAGGAUCUCGACCCGGAGCCGGAGAGAGGUUUACAGGCCCUGGCGAGACAUCUAUCUCCCGGUCCGCCAAAUCCUGUGGUGGUUGCGUCCCUGCGGUAUACGAGCAUGAUGAGGAGUAUUGAAGCCUUCCACAACAGAUGUAUCGGUCUGCAGGAGGAUAUUGUAUACAUAUUUAAGCACGAGGAGGUGAGCCCCGAGCGUACAAUGAUCCUAUAUAUAAUGGAUAAGAAUGUGGAGGUACUUGUCUCUCAGCUACUCAAACUCAAGCCGGACAUGAUACUGGACUACAGGAAUAGCGAGGCCCACCUGGCAGAACCAAGGUACGGGCGUAGCCUGGAUAUAGGCAGGGUUCUGAUGCGCAUCCUCAUCGUCGGUGUGGGUGCUGCAAUCAGUAUCUCGCCAGAGUCGGCAAGGCGUAUGGGCGAGAUCAACGACGAGCUCUUAACACCCGGCAGGAGAGCGGAGAGUAUCUUUGAGGACAGGCAUCUCCCCGAGAGAGGCAAGCGCGGCCAGGACGAGGCCCGUCCAUACCGAGAAGAGUCCGAGAGGUAUUAA